AUGGUAAACUCACAACAGAGCGUUAAGAAUGGGAAGCAGAUAUUCGGGCUGUUGAAAGCUUUUGGGACCACUGACUCGAACAUGGAGGUAGCAAGGCGAAAUUUGUACCGGAACAUUGAAGACCGUCAUGCGAUGAAAGAUAUCAACCAAGGUAUCGAAAACCAACGAGAGCAUUUCGACAAUUUAGGUCUCCAUAUAGGCUAUAUUUAUGGCGAUCACCGAAUUCCCGAGAACGCAUCCAUCUACCGUCCAGUCUGUAUUCGUGGUGGACGCCUACCUCAUGCUUGGAUUAGGCUUUACUCCCAGGAAGAAACAGCGUUACCUCCAAUUGAUUCAUCCUACGUGGCUGAGCUUUCGCCCGAGGAAGUUGAAAUGAAACGAUACUCGACGCUGGAUCUCUGUACGUUCGACGCCUUUACUUUGAUUGCGGACCAGGGUACGGCCCUACAUUGGAAACAGGCUCUGAAGGAGAUGUGCGAAUGUCUUCCUGCAGGUAUGUCAUAUAAACUGAAAAUUCGCCUGGCUAUUCGAGGCUCGGAUUUUGACCUUCAGCCUGGCAAAAAUGGGGAAGACUGGGUCCAACUCACGAAGUUGUACGAUGGGAAUGCUAUUUUGGUCCGCCCAGAUCAGCACAUUUUGGAAUGCUUUAAGUUUCCGGCCGGAUAUAGUGAGCUUCUGAGGGUGUUGCGAGAGCACCUGGGGUGGGACACUGUGGUUCCAGAUUGGCACAAGGUUGACAGUGUUCUAUAG